CAAAGGCAACCUCUACCAGGACACCCUGGUCCAUCAUUUUUUAUAUAAUCUUAUUUCCUUUUUUUUUCAUUCAAGAAAAUCCCAUUUAAUUUAUUUAUAUAUCCUCUUCUCCACAAGUAAUUUCAUACUUCUUUUCUUCCCCAAUAUUAUCAUGAUGAGGGGCCUUGGCUUAACUAAUAGAGCUGUUGUCACGUGAUCAAGAGGUCACAAAUCUUAUAGAAAUACAAAGUAAAACUGUAUAUAAUAGAUCUUUGUAGUCGAUCCUUCCCCGAACUCUACACAUGGGCGAAGGUUAUAGUGAAUAGAAAUGAGCCUUUUCCCUAAUAUUGUCAUGAUAGUUUGUUGCUGAAUUUGUCUAGUUUCUGGAGGUGGACCCAAGGAUUGAUAAUUUAGUGUUAAAAGAAAUGGAGAAAAAAGAAAACAACCAGCCUUCUAUGCCUACAAUUUAUGAUAAUUACUACUCUCUUAAUGAGGAUCCUUAUUGUCAUAACUAUCAACAUCCACCAAUGGUUGAUGAAGAAGUAGCCUUAAUGGUGCCACAAAAAGAAGACAAGUUUAAAGAGGAAAUUAAUGCCUCUUCACAAGUGAGUUUUCAUGGUGAUAAUGUUGAAAAUAGAAAGGCAAAUGAAAGCAAGAAGAAGAAGAGGAAAAGGAUUACAAGAAUUAAGAGUAGUGAAGAAGUUGAGAACCAAAGAAUGAUACAUAUUGAGGUAGAGAGGAAUAGAAGAAAGCAAAUGAAUGCACAUCUUCAUGUGUUGAAGUCUCUCAUGCCAAGUUCCUAUGUACAAAGGGGAGAUCAAGCUUCAAUUGUUGGUGGAGCAAUAGAAUUUGUAAGAGAAUUGGAGCAACUUUUACAAUGCCUUGAAUCACAAAAGAGAAGAAAACUCAAUGGAGAUGAUGAAUAUUCAUCAUUAAUGGAUAUUCAAGAUCCACAAUUAUUAUUUGCUCCUAAUAAUAAUUUGCCUCUUACAAAUGAAAAUGAAAUUGAAAUGCAAGAAGAUAGAGCUGAGAUAAAGUCAUGUUUGGCUGAUGUUGAAGUGAAGAUUAUAGGUUCUGAUAAUGCCAUAAUCAAGAUUUUGUCAAAAAGAAGGCCAGGGCAACUCAUUAAUACCAUUUCUGCAUUACAAGAUUUGCAACUUAACAUUAUUCACACAAAUGUUACAACAAUUGAAGAGACUGUUUUGUAUUCUUUCAAUGUUAAGAUUUGUGGUGAAACAAGGUUUACAGCUGAUAAUAUAGCAAAUUUGGUCCAGCAAAUAUUCAGUUUCUUUCAUGCAAACAGUCCCCUAUGAAGUAUUUAAUUAUCUUGUAAACUUACAUCAUAUAUCAGAUAUUUUUUAAAUUUUGGAGUUGA